AAUUACUUUCUCAUCUAUUAAUUGCUUCAUGAACAUCUUUCUCACACAUACUUUCACACUCGUACAUUCACAUUCCUCUCCUCCUCUCUCUUUCUCCUUUUUCUUCCAUCCGUGCACGCAUUAUAAACAUUACGCACAUUAAAGAAAUUCUUUGCGUUUAUUUUACCAUUAUACAUCGCUUAUUUUUUCAUUUUAUUAUUUUUUUUUAUUUUAUUAUUAUUACUUUUUUUUUUUUUUUCUUUAUUAUUUUUUUGUUUCCAAAUAAUUCAUUGCAAAAGUUGAUUUUCUCUCUCCAUGGUUGGUUGGAAUCCAAAGGGGGUUUAUACGGUUCAUCGAGGCGCUUCUUUGAGCAAUCGUAAUGGUGAUGGUAACAGUAAUGAGUUCUUUCAGUUCAAAUAUAAUUUUACACCCGAAUCCGUAGAUAAAUCUAAACCUGGAGUAUUGAUCGGGAACGGUGAAGGAUUUGAACUUGAGUUUGCAGGCAAUAAUGGAGGUGGUAAUGGUGCCGGGGGAGGACCUAAUGCAGAUCACACGACUGUAAAUGGCGUAGGUAGUGUGGGAAGUGAGACAAUUGCAUGGACUUCUCCUGCAGAACGACCGGGGCGUGCUGUCGAUUGUUUAUUAAUUUUUGAUGAGGAGACUCAGGUAAAAAAAGAAAAAAUUAAGAUUUAUAUUUUUAUCUGUGGGUUGAUCUUUUGGCGUUGAUAUCAAGCGCCGUAAGACAAUCAACGGAGAAUACGAGUAAUUGUCAAAAUCACCCUUUUUUUAAUUUUUAUGGUAUGAUGC